UUUGCUUGAGCGUUUAGGAGUUGUGCAGUUGCGGCAACAAAUUAAUAGAUUAGGAUGCGGCGUAUUCAUUAACUGGAACGUUCGCUGCUUAUGGAACAUAUAGAUUCUAGAUUUAAGAUGUAGAACUAGAAGGGAGGGAAAAUGUCUGUGAUAUAUUUUCCAAAGACCAUUUGGGACUAUUAUUAAUAGCCUAUGCCCAAGUGUUAAUCUUUACACCACACGCAUGCGCGAUUAAUUGAGGCGUAUGAAUAUUACGACAUUUCCUGUUUUUGUCAACCAUUUUCGCCAACAAAAGUAGGAUUCAUAGACCUUGUUGACACUAAUAACUGGACUGAAUAAAAUUAUGGUUUCAAAGAAGUGAAGUAUCUGCUACUUACAACAGUCAUAACGAUCAUUGAUCCCAUCUAAGGUCUAGUUCCAUCCUGGAUCGAUUUUUCCCUCCCCGCCGGACAUCCUCCAAAAAGCGGGAUAGUGAUGGCUUAUCAGCUUCUUCUGGUGCGUCAAAGGGUUCAGAGAAUAAAAGCAGGGCCUCAACAUUCUCUCUGUCUCACCUGUUACCAUCACGCAGAAGAUCAAAGUCCCGUCUCAGUUUAGAUUCAGACCCAUACAGGUCUGACAGCGGUGCCUGUGGGAUAUCACCCCCUCAUUCCUCCAGCAACGUAACUAGAUCAUCACCUACACCACCCCCCAACAAUUAUUAUCAGUCAGCUUUUGUCUCUUACCAUGGAUCUCUCAGAGGUCAAGGUGAAUCUCACAACUCACUGGACGGCAUUCCGUUGGAAAAAAUAGUUUUUGAAGAAGGCCCGUCAGAAUUUAGCAUGAAAGAAUGUGGCCUGUCAAUACAUAGUGAUGAGAAGAGCUUGAUCAUAAUGGAGUGUCCGGUGUGCCUUGUAGAAAAGUCUAAAGAAAAUUUUCUUGAGAUUUCUACAUGCCAUCACAGAUGCUGCUCUGCUUGUUUGAAAGAAUAUUUUAGGAUUGAAAUAAUGGAGUCACGUCUUGCUAUUGCCUGCCCAGAAUGUUCAGAACUGUUCCAUCCAAACGACAUUAGGGCCAUUGUCUUAGAUGAUAUACUCAUGCAAAAAUAUGAAGAUUUUAUGUUGCGCCGUGUCUUGGCUAUGGACUCUGAUACAAGAUGGUGCCCUGCACCAGACUGCGGGUAUGCUGUGAUUGCAUUUGGGUGUGCUGGAUGUCCCAAGCUGAAAUGUGAACGUGAAGGAUGCAACACCUACUUUUGUUACCACUGUAAACAGUACUGGCACCCAAACCAGACCUGCGAUGCUGCCCGAGCAGAACGCUCCCCCAACAUCCGCUCUUCCUCCAUCAGUUUCAGUCAAGAAUCAGGAACACAGAAUGAAAUAAAGUCUUGCCCUCGCUGUGGUGCCUUCAUUGUUAAAAUGGACGAUGGUUCUUGUAAUCACAUGACUUGUGCUGUGUGUGGGGCAGGCUUCUGUUGGCUUUGUAUGAAAGAAAUUUCAGACUUACACUAUUUGAGUCCAUCAGGUUGCACAUUUUGGGGCAGGAAGCCGUGGAGCAGAAAGAAAAAAAUAUUGUGGCAGUUAGGUACACUGGUGGGUGCACCUGUAGGCAUCACUCUUGUGGCAGGUAUUGCCGUCCCUGCUAUGAUUAUUGGAAUACCUGUCUGGGUUGGUCGAAAGAUUCAUUACCGAUUUGAUGGCGCCUCCAAACAUAAACGGAACUUGGCAAUAACUGGUGGAGUGGCAGCUUCAAUUAUUGCUGCACCCAUCAUUGCUGGCUUAGCUGUUGGUAUUGGUGUUCCCAUUCUGUUAGCCUAUGUUUAUGGAGUUGUUCCAUUCUCAUUGUGUCGCAGUGGAGGCUGUGGUGUGACAACAACAAACACAGGUGGUGUCAGAUUUGAGUUUGAUGAACGUGAUGAUACCACAACUCACGGGCCUUACAGCUAUGCAGGUGACAAUCACAGCAUUGAGACCGCACCAAAUGUGGCUAAUCCAAGCAUUGCCCCAAGUAUAGGAGAUGCCAGUCUGGGCAUGACAAACAGUCUGAGUGCAUCUGGCAGCCACAUAGACCGGGCUGGAGUUUUGAGGGACGACUGUGAUAGAGACUCUGCUAGUCAUCAAGCUAUUGCCGGCACCAGUAUCAAUGGGAGUGUGUGCAGUGCCACCUACAGCUCACAGCACCACAAGUUGGAAGUUCAAGCAGAUAUUUUAGAACAUUCUUCCAACUGUGAGCGGUCGAGUGUUGGUGGGGAGUCUUACAGUAUGUCCCUGAAUGAUGAUGCCAGUACUAGAGCCUUGGCUGGGUCUAUUGUAUCCCCCAAGGAUAAAGAUGGUAUAUCACUUUGUUCAAGACACUUUGAUGGAGCUUCUGGUCCCCUAGCUUAUCCUGAAGAGACCUCAGAGAAGGAUGAAGAGUGUGGCUCCUCCUCCAGUGGGAGUGGCCAACACCAGAGGGGCAGCUCAUCUUGUCCUACAUCUCCACACCUAAGGAAGGCAAGUCCUGCCCCUUCUGAGGAUACAAGAAGCACCAGAGGUAAAAAAUGCACCCGCUUCAUGGACCAAGUUUCUGAGAUUGAGUCAAAAAGUGAUUGCCUGAGCAUAGGUUCCAUCAUCAGCACCAGCAGUAGCUCCCCUUGCUACGAGGGUGUGUCACCAACCAUGCCAACAUACUCCACCCUGUCCCUGACAACCGCUCCCAUCACAACACAGGCUGCCCUUGCUAGCUGUGAAAGCCUGAUGAGCGAGGGAAAAGCUGAAUCCAUCGGAGCCUCUGACAUUUGCCAAGCUGUCAAUAUUGGGAGUGCUGUCCGCAUGAAAGCUGAAUCAACCAGCAAGCUUAUGGAUGGUGCAGAUUCUCGCCGGUGCGAGAUGGGCGGCACUCGAAGGAAAAGUGACACUAGAUCCAGAGACGACAUCAAUUCAGCUGAAAGGUCUUUGGUUUCCAGAAAGAAAAAAGGUUCUGUCUGCGAGAAGGAGCACCGGUCCCAGCCAGGGAAUCUGUCUGAUAUCUCAGAAAUACGAGGCAUGCCUUCCCUCCAUGCUGCUGGCUGCCCUGACCUGCUUGCUGUCAUUGAUACCAAGUGUGAAAAUGUUUUUGUUGAGAAAAAGUCCAGGCUUUUGUCUGCUUCAUCAUCUUGUUCUUCCUCCUUCGAGGACCCCAUGGAGUUGCGGUCGUCCAGGAGAUACCACACUGUGGACAGAGUUGUGUUUGAGUCCUGUGGGAAGGAAGACAUGAAUGCCAUGCUUGAGUAUGGCGGUUCUCUGUCUGAUGUAGCUCACAGCCUGUCGGACGUUAACAUUUCUGGUCUUGACGGACCUCUAAAAUCUGUGAUGCCAACGUCGUCCAUUUAUCUGGAUAAACAAAGUCUGACUGUUUCAAAGAAAGAGAAUGUAAACACUCGUACGUGGUUGACUUCAGAGGAUGCGGAAAGUGAAAAGGUCCUGACUGCAUUGUGUAAGCGUGAUUCUUGUGUGUCGCGUACCAGCAUAGGCAGUGACUGUGGUUUGGCAGCCUCCCCCUUGCCUGAUGUUGAAAUGCCAAGCUGUUCCCCUGACACUGCUGCACCUUCCCAGCGAGGUGACGAUCCCAUGAGUCUGGUUCUGUCCCCUGUUGUUAGAACAGCUGAUGCGCCUCGCCCAGCACAUAAAACUUUAGUGCACCUGCAUGGUUCCAUUCAAGGCACAGUCCAUAUCUACCCCCACCCCAUGGGAUUAGUCCUGAGAGGUUCAUCUGACCACAGCUCCUAUGAGCCAGGGAAAAAUAUUUUGGCCACCAAGUCACCAAACACAUCAUCUGAAGUUAAGCCACUAAAUUAUGAAGUGUCAAUUUUGCCUUCACCUGAAAAGCAAGACCACAGCAAGUCCAGAAAAGGCAGAAAAGAUGGCACAAAAACGCCAUCUGCUGUUCUGACCUCUCCAAAAAACUUACAUUCUCAGCUGCCAGAUAAAGCUGAAUGCCUUCACACUGAUUUAUAAAAUAGAUUUUUGUUUACAGGAAAGACAAAACUUUGUACAUAAUCUUCAUUCAGCAGUUAAGUUUGAAUGUAUAUUUUUUAUGACAAAUCCUUGUUACAUGACCAAAAAUCUCACAAAAUAUCAAGUUUAUCUUGGUUUUUAUUAUCACUUUCCUAGCCAAACAGACUUGAAGAAUAGUUUUUAAAAAGAAACCACAUCCACUUGAAAUAAAUUGUUUUUCUGGAAAAAAAUAUUGUUUUUGUAGUAAUUAAAUACUUUGAAUAAAUAUUUCAAAUUUGCUGUUUAUUUGUUGGAAAUAAAAACCAUAUUGCAUUAUAAAAAAUAGCUGAAUGGAUCAGAGUAUUUUUAUUUUUAGAAUUUGUCUUAGGUGGCUUUAUUUUUUUGUUUGCAUUUUUUAUGUGAUCAUUAUAUAUUUAUUUUAAGUGUUGUCCAUAAAUGAUGUCACACUCCUAGGUUUUAAAGUUUUUGUGGCAGUGUGACUUUUGAUGCUAAAAGAUUUUGCAGGUCUAAACGAAAUGUAUCUAUGUAUCUCAUCUUUGACCCAGCUCAUUUAAAAUUUGACAUAGAAAUUUCUGUUCACAAAACAAAAAUUGUGGUGUGAUGUCAGUUAUGAAUGACACUUUAAGGCAUAAAUAGCUUUGCCACUUUUUUGUUACAUUUUCUUUAAUUAAAAUAAACUAU